GGGGGCGAAGUGCGCGCGCCGCCUCUCAGCAGCGGCGCCGGGGAGGUUCGCCCGACCCGUCCGCUCCGCUCGCAAAUAAAAGGAGAAACCGACAUGUUUGUCACGGUGCAAUUCGGAGAACGCCAGUCUGAGAUCUUCAACCUGAACUGCAGGAUCGUUAGCUUCGUCCACCGUCUGAAGGAGCGGUGCCGAGUGGAUCCGGACGAGCACAUUGACUUACUGGACACGACGGGUGAGCUGGCCAACCUGAGCGAGCGGGAGCUGUCUACGGACCCGGCCGGCAGCGUGCUGAGGGACAGACACAGUUACGUCCUCAUCCGUGUCACCAGGAGCGAAGGUGCUGUGGGCUGUAAAUAUGAGCCUCUCCUGUACGACCUGGACAAGAGUCAUCCUUCACUGGCAGAGCGCCUGAGGAGGCUGUCGAAACCCCACAAGGAGCGGGACAGGAAGGGCGGCCCCUCCAGGAAGGGCUGGCUGCAGAAGGACAGCCCCACCCCCCAUGCCACCAGGGCCCCUGCCACACCUGUCUCCAGUAGGGGAACCAGUGGCCCUAUCAGGAGAUAA